CGCCACGCGCAGCGGCCGGCCAGUGAGGGCGAGCGGGAGCGCGUGUGCGCCUGCGUGGGCAGCACUGCGAUGCUGGCCGCGGCCGCGGCGCGCGUCACUCGUGCUCGGACAUGCUGCCGCGCUGGAGCCUGCUGCUGCUGUGCGCCGCCGCCGCCGUCGUGCGAGGCACCAUUUUAAACGACUUUGUCCGCCACUACGAGCCGUUGCGGUAUGACGCCGUGGCUCUGCAGCAGGAGCAUCGGCGCGUCCGCCGUCAGGCCGACCCCCGCCGGCACGUGCAGCUGCGGUUCCACGCCAGCGACAGGGAGUUCCGUCUCCGCCUCCGGCCGGACCGGGCCGUCUUCGCGCCGGACGUCGUGUUCGAGAGCAGCUCGGGGCCGGUUGCCUUCGACACCAGCUCCGUCUACACCGGCUCGCUGGAGGACGACGAGGACGCCGUGGUGCAGGGCGUCAUCGGCUCCGACGGCCUGUUCGACGGCAGCGUGGUGACCGCCUCCGAGCACUUUUACAUCGAACCCUCAAGCCGAUACUUCCAGCAAGCGCAGGACUUCCACUCGCUCAUCUACCGCCUCUCUGACGUUACCCACCCGCGCCAGCCAGCCGGCGGCUGCGCGUCGCAGCGCCUCGCCGAGCGCAACAGGACCGCCGGUGACGUCACUCGGACGUCACCGGACGGCGACGUUGACGAGUGGCUGGGACACGCGCAGCUGUACGAGAACUUGGCGGCACCCGUGACCGCGGGGAACACCGCAAACGGGACGAGGAGUGGCUCGCGACGGCGGCGCGCCGUAAUCAACAACAAGAAGACGACGUGCACCAUGUACCUGCAGGCCGACCACCUGUUCUACGAGCAGUUCGGCAGUGAAGAGGCCUGCAUCGACGCCAUGAUUCGCCACGUGCAGCAGGCUAACGAGAUUUACAAGACAGUCGACUUCGACCAGGAUGGCAUACAGGACAACAUCGGGUUCAUGAUAAAGCGGAUCCGAGUGCACAAGCCCACAGCUGUCAACGACGUCGGCUACCGGUUCCCCGGCAACUACGGCGUGGAGAAGUACCUGGAGCUGUUCUCAGAGGAAAACUACGACUCGUUUUGUCUAGCUUACAUGUUUACGUACCGCGACUUCGAGGGUGGCACGUUAGGUCUGGCUUGGACUGGGGACCUGAACCAGGCGGGAGGAGUCUGCGAAAAAAAUGGGCAUUACCGAGGCAGCAAGAAGAGUCUGAACUCAGGCAUCAUCAGCAUACUAAAUUACGGCAAACGGGUGCCUCCAGCCGUGAGCCACGUGACCUUUGCCCAUGAAGUGGGACACAACUUCGGCUCUCAGCAUGAUCCCGACAAGAACAAGGAGUGUACCCCUGGCGGAGAGAACGGCAACUACAUCAUGUUCGCGCGAGCCACGUCGGGCGACAAGAGGAACAACGACCGUUUUUCGCCGUGCAGCCUGCGGUCCAUUGAGCCUGUGCUGCGCGUGAAGGCGCGCUCCAAAAAAGGCUGCUUUGUCGAGCCGCAGGCAGCCAUCUGCGGAAACGGCGUGGUGGAGGAUGGCGAGGAGUGCGACUGCGGCUGGGAGGAGGACUGCAUCGAGGCCUGCUGUAACCCGAUGCGCGCCGCGCCGCCCCCGGGCCAGCCGCCGUGCCGGCUGCGGCCCGGUGCGCAAUGCAGCCCCAGCCAGGGCCCGUGCUGCAACUCCACCUGCGAGCUCGGGUACGGGCAGCAGUGCCGCAACGACAACGGCUGCCGCGCCACCAGCCGCUGUAACGGCCGCUCGCCACACUGUCCGCCCUCCAUCCGCAAGCCCGACCGCACUGUCUGCAACGAGUACAACGUCUGCUAUCAGGGGGAGUGUUCGGGUUCGAUCUGCCUGGCGUACGGGCUGGAGUCAUGCCAAUGUGAUCCGGUCGACGGCGGCAACGCUACCAGGUCCUGCGAGCUGUGCUGCAAGCGCCCCGGCGCCGACCAGCCGUGCCGCUCGUCGUUCGAGUGGAACGAGUCGCCGUUCGAGAUCCCGGCCCGGUACAGCCGGCCCGGCACGCCCUGUAACCAGUACGCCGGCUACUGCGACGUCUUCCAGCAGUGCCGAGAGGUGGAUCCCAUCGGUCCGUUGGCCACGCUCAAGGACCUCCUUUUGUCCGACCAGAGCCUGUCGGUCGUGAAGGAGUUCAUGGACCAGUAUUGGUACAUGAUCGUCCUCGGAUUGGUCAUCAUUAUUCUGUCGUUGAUCGCCGUCAUCCGCAUCUUCGGCAAGUCGCCGCCGCAGCGAUCGCGGCGGCGCCACCGGCACCGCGCCGACGGCGCUACUUCCGCCAAGAAGCGGCCGCAGGACGACGUGGAGAGCCCGCCGCUGCCGGACGUCACUGCCGACACGGAGACGGCGUCGGCCGCGCCCGUCGUCACCGAGCACGCGACCGCCGAGCGCGGCCGGCUGCCGCUGCGCCAGCGCGUCGACGAGGUGAAGCGCGCUGCGGCCAAGGCGCGCCGCGCCGCCAGCCAUAUGGCGCUCUCGUCGCGCGCCAGCGUGGCCAGCGGCGUGGCGCGCGUCAUCGAGACGCAGCGCGGCAAGCGCGAGCGCAGCCGCACCGCCGGGCCGCACGGCCACAAACGCCGCCGAAAGGAGCACAAGUCGCGUUCGCGGCGUCGGCCGCACGAAACGGCCGCCGGCAAGGAGGGCGUCAAGGUCAUCAGCUACUCCAACAUUCCGGCGGAGGUGACGGCCGGCGACACGAAGACGGAGCCGAAGCUGACCAGCGCUGGUGCUGCCGCCGCCGCCAAGGGCGCCGAGGCCACGGCCGACGCAGACAAGCGGAAGUCGCUGCCGGCCGUGCUGCGCGAGCACAAGAAGACGCGCUCGCGCUCCAUCAGUCCCACCAAGCGGCCGGCAAAGGACGCCAAGCCGACCGGCAAGGCAGGCGACGACAAAAAGAAACGCUUCGGCUUGCCCGUCUCGCCAGAGAACGUCAUCUCCGAAUGGCUAGGCCGCAACGCCACGAAGGACGGCCAGCACCGCAAACACGGCGAGCGAGCGCGUAAGAAGCCGAUCGUGCCGACGGCACCCAUGCACCCCAACGACCAGGUGCUGCAGUGGCUGCAAAAGUCGUCGCAUGAGCCGAGCGGCGCCGACGCCACCGACGGCAUGGCGUCACCACGGGCGGCGCGGCGCGUAUCGCAGUCGUCGUCGCAGACGAGCGGCAGCCUGCCACGGCGCACGGCCGCCUACAGUCGCGUGACGUCACGCGACUCGUCGCUGGGUAGCAGCCGGAAGCACACCGAGCUGACGCGUCUGAGCGGCCAGUCGGCGCCCAGUCGGAGCCGCUCGUCGCCCGGCCGUUCGCCGUCCGAGGAGCGACUUUCGUUCGGCGCCGCGCCCGACGAACCGGUGUACGACCUUCCGCGCGGCGCCACGCCCGAGCGGCAGCUGUCGGAGCGCAUCUACGACCUGCCCCGCCGGCCGCGCCCCGGCUGCACUCUGUGA